GGGUCAUCCUGAUGCUGCUUCCACCAUCUCGACCCUCGCCGCCCGCCCCUUCCGUCCAACUGCUGCCAUUCUUUCCCCUCUUUUCUUCGCCAUUUGUGAACGGCAGCUCUUCAUCUGGCUACUUCUCCCCGCAACUGGUCCAUGGCACUCACUGCGACCGCUCAAUCGGCGCUUCGAGAACCCGCAUGGGACGAGGUGAUCGUUCCGACUUUACGCAAACGCCUACAGAAUGAAAGCAACGUCCUCGCACGGCGGAUCUCAGCCGCCUCGGUGGGCUCAGCCGACGGCCAUGCCGACAUGUACCAGUCCACCUCCUCUUUAUCUCAAGAAGACGCGACAACGCCAACAGCACUCCAGUACUCACAUAUUCAGAGCUCGAGCGCCAUGCCAAGGACCAAUGGACAACAGGCCCAACCGGAUGGCCGAUAUGGUCGCACGCAGUACUCCCAGCCUCCGCCUAAUCGCGCGCGCUCCCUCUCCCAACCUUACCUGCUUGACCAGCCCAAGAAGACCAAUCAGGCAGCAGGCUCUCCGGCAGCGGCUCCAACCAUGACCAACGGUAGGACGGUCACGCGUAUACCUAUGUCGCGAGGGCGGACCUCGACGGGAAGCAACUCCAGCUACGCGCAGAACUCGGUGAAUGGCAGCGUAGGACUGGUGGAUGAGGGCAACGAACUACGCUCAGUGGACGAGGGUCACGAAACAUUUCCCAUGCGCUCGCCCGCGCGCAUACCACGUCACAAGGCUUCGGACUUGUUCGACGAAGCACCGCCAUUCAACUCCUCGACGUCGUCACACUUUCAGUCGGAAGAUGAAGCCGUCGGUCGCGUAUCGACUGAUUCCGAAGAGCGGCCGUUCGAGCAUUGGUAUCGCGGUGAUGUCUCGCGCAACGGAGGUGUUGGCGAACUCCGCGUGGGUCGGCGCACGGAGAUGCUGGAUAUUGCCAACUAUGGCCACACCCUGCAAAACGCGUCGUCGCGCGUCGCGAACAACGGCUACCACAGGUCACGCUCAAAUUCACGGAGCAGGGAUGCUGCUGGUUCGCGACACAGGGUAAGAUCACGAGCCGAUAGCGUGAGCGCAACUGUAAGGCAGAGCACAUUCCCGGACGAGGAUGGGCUUGCAGCACAGGAUACGGUCAUGGAUGAGCAACCUCCCACUGAUCUGGAGAGCGACGGCUAUGGCGAGCCAGUAGAGCCUUACGAACAUCACCCUAACGGCACCGCUUCUUCGCCGUCCCUGGCGCUCUACACCUCUCAGAAUGGCACGGGAAACCCUCCGCGACAUCGACCUGGUCAAGUCAGCCAAUCUCGGAUACCCACUGCGUCUUCCCGUGCACAACCCAUUGCAGAACCCCGCACACCAACGCCUACCAAAACUUCUCGCAACGGGCUAGUGCCCAACACGCCAUCUUCCACGACUUCCACUCCUCGCACUCGCCAAGGUCUACCUCGCUCACAGACUCAGCCCCUACAUUCCUCGCAGCGUCAAAAGACAGCGACGCCCUCUACAUCCUCAUCGACGGCGAAGAAGCGGGCGGCCAGUCCUGGUGCUUCGACCUCGCUCAGCAAUGCGAAGAAGACCAAGGCAAAUUCCAAACCACCAUCUUCGAUGCCGAGGAAGGUCAACAAGGAGGAAAACAGGCGAUCCAUCGGACAGUAUCCUACGCCCGAUGGGGACGACGUCAUGGAUGCCAUCCCGUCGUGGAUACAGCCUGUACCACCUACUGGGAACUGGGACGAUGUCGUACUACCUGUUGUUGCACGGAAGAGGGGAAUGGAGGGUCACUAUGCGACAGCGGAUGGAAGUCCGAAGCCGCCGCAGAAGAGGGGCAGUGUAGUGUUCGAACCCGCACCAGGGACAUUCGGAUUCGACCAUACCAAGUACCGUCGAAAUCCAAACACUGCUACAGAGAGCAUACCCAUGGACGAAUUCGGCCAGAAAGCGGGCAAGCAGUACACCGCAGAUGAGCAAUCGAAAUCUCAACUCCCCGCGGCUCUCAGCCCCGGCCUCGCGCGCUCACGCUCACGCCCCUCGCCUCCGCCGUCGCCGCCUCCCUUCGCACAUUAUACCAGCGCGGAACCCGCACCCCUGCCCACGCCUAUACCUGCGCCACCUCAUUUCCCACCACACGCCGUGGAGGUGCGGGAUGAGAAGCCCGGUGUGCACGACGACGACGACGCCGGAGGCUGCUGUAAAUGUGUCAUCAUGUGAUGUGAUAUUGCGCUUGGGACUCUGCUUCUCUAAGUUCUCUUGCUCCUCUUCCCGCGGGUUAUGUUGUGCGUGAUAGUUCGACUCUGAGCUUUCUACGUUUCUGGUGUAACAUAUCAGUAUUC